UAUACAGGAAAUUAUAUUAUCAUGGACAUACUAAAUUUGAUAGUUGGCAUAUUGAUCCUUAACUAUUUAAUCAAUAAUUCUGAGUUUAAGGACACUAUUAUUUAUCUUCAAAAUAUAUUUGAGAAUGUAGCUUGUAAACUUCAACAAAUUAUUCAAUGGUUAAUGGGCAUCCCAUCUGGGCUCAAAUUGGUUAAACCCUUAACAUCCUCCUUAGGACAUUUUUUUGUAUUUCACAUCAGAUUAUGGACAGAUUAUGUUAGAUUGACUGGUCCCCUUUUAUCUCAAAUUCUUUUCUUAGCUAGAUACAUACCUUGCUUUGGCUUCACAUAUUUUAUAGCAUUUAUGGCUGAUGUUACAACUCUCAUGGCAUUACACAUAUUUUGCUUAUAUGUCUACGCAUCAAAGAUAUACAACACCCUUAUUGUGGCCCUGAUUUCCUUAUUUAGACUGUUCAGAGGCAAAAAAUGGAACUCUCUGCGUAAAAGGGUCGAUCACGCCUCGUACGAAAUUGAUCAGCUGUUCCUGGGGACUCUAAUAUUUACGAUCUUGCUUUUCAUUUUCCCAUCUGUUUUCAUAUUUUACGCUGUUUUUGCCGGGCUUAGAUUGGCCAUGUUGUUGAUAUCAUUUUUCGUGUCAAUAUUCAUUUGCUCAGUCUUGAAUUUCCCGAUUUUAACCUUAGCUUCACGCCUCUUACACCGCUCUCUUACUCAGAAUGGGUCGAUUUAUUAUGACAUAGCUGAUGUAACUUCUUCCCCCCAUACCUUAUAUUUGGAUAUGAAGGUAUCCCAGAUAAGCUUUGUUAGCAUAAUGGCUCAAUACAUCCACUCCGUGCGUUAUUAUAAUGCGCCAUUCAAUUUGGACUGGUACAACCUCCCGUUAUCUCUUUCGGUCGGCCAAUUGAUUUGAUUAACCAAAAUACAAUUUUCUUCUUCAUAUACGCUGUUGCAAAUUUUCUAUACCAAAAAAAAAUAUUUACG